AUGCCGUUCCUCAUUUACCCACUAGAGGGCAGCAGCCCGUGUGACUCAGACCAUUUGCAGAUGGAGCUCAUUGAGCUGCAGAGUGACGCAGAGAGCCACGCUAACACCCAUUCUGUUGCAUGUUUUCACAGGUUUGUUAUAAGCAACGGUAAGACUAACCGAAUUGGAAGCUUUGAGCUGUGCGUGGAAAUUGUGGAUCGUGUUCUGCCAUCGCUAACGUCCAACAAAGGUCUCCAGGUCCCACAAGGUUCUGCCAGGAGCCUUGGUCCAGAACUCCUCUCCUUAUCUGACCCUGACACUCCACCCAGUGCUCUGACUUUUGUUCUGCGACAGCCUCCACAGUACGGGAAGCUGGUACUAGCCGGUGUCACACUGACUGCUGGCUCAAACUUCACACAGAAACAUAUAAAGGAGCUGGAGGUAACAUAUAGACAUGAUGGAGGACCAUCACAGAUUGACCGAUUUGCUUUUACAGCAUCCGACUCCUCCAGACGAGGCUUUCUGCUUGAUGGACAGCUGCAAACAGAGCCUGUGUUUUUCACCAUUCAGAUCAAGCCUUUGGAUAAAUCUUCACCAGAAGUAAUAAGGCUAGUCCCACUUUGGAAACCAGAGCUUUUACCCGAUGGCAGAUAUGUGAUUUUUGUGACUUCUCAAGAGCUGAAGGCUCAGGAUAGUGGUAGCAGAGAAGAAGAGCUGAUAUUCUGCAUUGUUCGUCCACCAUAUUUUGGCUACCUUGAAAACAUUACCACAGGUAUGUUUGUGUCAGAGCGUUUCCCUCAGAUAGAGCUUAACAAAAGAACUAUAGCCUAUAUUAUCCAUUCGCAUGGUGAGUAUCUGUCAGACAGCCUGGAGUUCAAAGUGUCUGAUCCUUUAGGCAACAUGGGGCCCUCUCACAUCCUUGAAUUCCAAUGGAGUAGGGUGGAGUUUUCUCUUCCUGAGUUCUCAUCAUGUGAGGAGCAGGGAAAAUUCUCCCUGGACAUCAUUCGAAAUGGAAACUUGGCAGAAUCAUCAUAUGUCACUGUCAAGGUCAAAUUUUUAAAACCCACAGUCAUGCAAACAUUCAGCUAAGUUUGAACUAGGGAUGAACCGAUCCACUUUGUUCACUUCCGAUACGAUACAAAUAUCUGAGGUUCAUUAUCAGCUGACAAAUUCUUAUCAAUACAGAAAAAUAGUAUU